AUGCCCCGCGAUCCGCUCGUUGGCCUUGUGGGCAAGCCUUCAAGUGGGAAAUCCACGACAUUGAACAGUUUGACCGAUGCUUCCUCCAAAGUUGGCAACUUCCCCUUCACAACCAUUGACCCCCAGCGAGCCAUCGGAUACCUUCAGAUCGAAUGCGCCUGCAAGCGACACAACGUUUCAGAUCGGUGCCAGCCUAAUUACGGUGGCUGUCAUGAAGGGCGGCGCUCCGUGCCUAUUGAACUGCUAGAUGUGGCUGGACUGGUGCCGGGAGCACAUCAAGGACGGGGACUCGGAAAUAAGUUCUUGGAUGAUCUGCGGCAUGCGGAUGCCUUGAUCCAUGUGGUGGAUGUGAGUGGGACCACCGAUGCCGAAGGGAAGGCCACUCGCGGCUACGAUCCUUCCGUGGAUAUUGAAUGGCUGCGGUCGGAGAUUGUGCGAUGGGUGCUUGGAAACUUGAUGGAGAAGUGGGGCUCCAUUAAACGGAGACAUAUUGCGACGAAGGCAAACCCAGUCGACACACUACAGGGCCAGUUUUCAGGAUAUGGAAGUACGUCAACAAUUGUUGCGCGGGUGCUGGACAGGCUCGCACUGAAAGAACCGCUUGAAGAAUGGUCGGAUGAGACCGUCAAGACCAUGGUCGAGACCUUUAUCGACGAAAAGUUUCCCACAGUGUUCGCAUUGAACAAAAUCGAUCACCCAGAUGCGGAUAAAAAUAUCAGUAAGAUCGCCAAGAUGCAAGAUCCCCAAAGUGUCGUGCUUUGCUCGGCUAUAUCAGAGGUCUUCCUGCGCCGAUUAGCCAAGCAGGAAUAUAUCAAGUACGUUGAAGGCAGCGAGUUCGUGGAUACUCGGGAGGAUCUGAUUGAAAUGGGCGAUCCAAACGGUGGAGGCCUUAAGGAGAUGGACGAAAAGUUGAAAACCCGUGUCGAGAACUUAAAAGACAUGGUUUUGUAUCGAUUUGGAUCCACCGGUGUGGUGCAGUGUCUUUCUCGAGCUGCAGAGCUUCUAGGUCUUGUUCCCGUCUUCCCAGUAAGGAAUGUCGCGACGUUCAGCUCGGGCAAUGGCACCGCCGUAUUCCGCGAUUGUGUUCUGGUCAAGAAGAACAGCACCGUUGGUGACGUGGCUCGAAAGGUGAUGGGCGACGUGCCUAUCAACUAUAUUGAAGGCAUCGGCGGCACUCGCGUGUCCGAGGAGGAUAUCGUCGCAGUUGGGAAACACGAUAUCCUUUCAUUCAAGGUUGGCAGGUAA